UUUGAAUGAGGGAUCACUUCAGUAUUUGGAGUGUCUGUGGAAGGAGGAAGGGUUAUAUAAAAGGAUUGCCAGAGAUUUGUAUUAUUAGUCCAAACUAUGAAUCUCGUAUAUGGCCUGGAUCUUAUUUUCAUUGCCAAUAAGUUGAGAUAGGAAAACUGACAGAUGCUAGGGAAAUUUUUACUGAUGCUUAUUCUACAGGGAUGUUUGGUUUCUACCAGCAACCCUGGAUCAGCCUUUAAUUUGUGGACUUAACAGAGAUUUACCAUAAUACAUUUCUCCACCACUGGAGGUGUGAUUUAAACUUGGCUGCACAAUAAAUAAAGUGACUAAGCUCUGUGUUCGAUCCUGUGAGUUGAAAGGGAUGUGCUGCAUAAAGCAUGCCCACAACUAAAAUUAUCUUUUGGAAGAAUUGCAUUAACGCCAGUGCUGCUCAGUCUGAGAACAAGUGAUUUUGUAUUUUAAUACUUAAAUGCAAGCAUAUAUGAAGUGAAAAGUCAGCAUGUUUUUUAAAAGAAAAAUUUGAUGAAAAUCAGAUUUUUUUUUUAAUAUAAGAACUGAACACAUAUAUUUAAGUGCAAAAGAAAACUCUUGCUUAACCCUUCCACCCUUGAAUUUUAUGCUAUAUGAAAAAUAGGUUACAUUUUUAGCUCUUGAGGUGAGAUUAAAUCCUCACUUUAAGGAGAUAGCACAAUAUCUGCUGGACAGGAGAUAAUUAAAGUACUUGGAAAUUGGCGUGUCUUUAAGAAAUACAAAUUAAACACAUACUAGAAAAAUGCACAUUUCAAACCUAUUUAUUUAAAAUUCUGAGGUUCAGUGAUGGAAAGUCCACAAACAAAUUUCCCUGUAAGUGCAGGUUCUGACCAAAAAGAGUGUGGGAUCCAAGAAGAUGGCAGUCCACCAGUAAAAAAAAUAAUGACAGAAAAGCAUGUAAAUAGCAAAGUACAAGCUGUAGUAAAUAAAUUGCCAACGAUAAAAAAGGAAAAUGUGGAUGAAUAUGAAGAAACUCCCAUGGAGUCUGAUGGAGAAAAUGCCAAACCAAACAGUACUACAAUAUCUGAGCCUUUGAAUUUAAAUCCUGGUUUGAAACACACAUUGGCACAGUUCCAUUUAAGCAGCCAGAGUUCACUGGGUGGGCCAGCAGCUUUUUCAGCUCGUUAUUCCCAGGAAAGCAUGUCACCCACUGUCUUUGUGCCUCUUCCAUCACCACAGAUACUUCCUAGCCCAUUGCUCAUUCCUUCAGACAGUUCUACAGAGCUCACUCAGACUGUAUUGGAGGGAGAAUCUAUUUCUUGUUUUAAAGUUGGAGGGGAAAAGAGACUCUGUCUGCCUCAAGUAUUGAAUUCAGUGCUCCGAGAUUUUUCACUACAGCAAAUUAAUACAGUGUGUGAUGAACUGUAUAUAUACUGCUCGAGGUGCACUUCUGACCAGCUUCAUAUCCUAAAGGUUUUGGGAAUCCUUCCAUUUAAUGCCCCAUCCUGUGGGUUGAUCACACUGACUGAUGCUCAAAGACUAUGCAAUGCUUUACUGCGUCCUCGCACUUUUCCUCAAAAUGGCACUCUGCUUCCUGCAAAAAACACAUUGGUCCAACUGAAAGAGACUGGCAGAGCCUUUGAGGUAGAGCAUGAGUGCUUGGGCAAGUGCCAGGGUUUGUUUGCACCUCAAUUUUACAUUCAGCCGGAUGCUCCAUGUAUUCAGUGUUUGGAGUGCUAUGGAAUGUUUUCACCCCAGACAUUUGUGAUGCAUUCACAUAGAUCUCCUGACAAGAGGACCUGCCACUGGGGCUUUGAAUCAGCCAAAUGGCAUUGUUAUCUUCAUGUUAACCAAAAAUAUUUAGGCACUUCAGAAGAGAGAGAACUGAAGCAUCUUUUGGAGGAAAUGAAGGAGAAGUUUAGCAUGAAAAAUCAGAAAAGAACACAAUCCAAAGCAGAUCCUCAGCAAAGCCUAGAUUUGCAGCAGUGGUAUCCAGUUAUAAAGCAGGAAGCAGAUCCUGUUACUCAGUCACAUUCAUUUGUCCAUCCCAGCUAUUACCUUUACAUGUGUGAUAAAGUGGUUGCUCCAAAUGUAUCCCUUACAUUGCAACAUAAAGAAGCUACAAAAACGGCAGUUGGGAUUUCAGAAGUAAUUAAAUCUUUGCCUGGACAGUCACAGAAACAACUCAACAGUGUUAAACACAAAAAAACUGCCUCCUAUCCAGAGCUCUCUCUUGAAGAGCAGGAAAAAAUUGACUUAAAAACUAGCACAGAACUGCGUAAAAGUGUGGAUCCACCUGUGUUCACUAAUUCUACAAGAAGAGGGAAAUCUGAACAUGCCACUUCCAAAGCCAUUGCAGAAUCUAACCAGGUUGAAGUAGGCAGUUGUGCACAAACCUCAUCCCCAGCUUCUAUCAAGGACAUCAGUUGUGAAGAUGACAAGGGAAGAAUCAUGGAGGAAGUAAUGAGAACCUACAUUAAACAGCAAGAAAAAUUGAACUCUAUUUUGCGAAAGAAGCAGCAACUUCAAAUGGAAGUGGAAAUGUUAAGUAACUCUAAAGUUAUGAAGGAACUAACUGAGGAGCAGCAAAAUUUACAGAAAGAACUUGAAUCUUUGCAAACUGAGCAUGCUCAAAGAAUGGAAGAAUUUUAUGUUGAGCAGAGGGACUUGGAGAAAAAACUGGAACAGGUGAUGAGGCAAAAGUGUACCUGUGACUUCAAUUUAGAAAAGGAUAAAGAAGCUGAGUAUGCAGCACAGUUGGCAGAACUGAGACAGAGACUGGAUCACGCAGAGGCUGAUAGACAAGAGCUUCAGGAUGAACUGAGACAAGAACGAGAAGCAAGAGAAAAAUUAGAGAUGAUGAUUAAGGAAUUGGAGCUUCAGAUUUUGAAAUCUUCAAAGAAUGGAAAAGAAAAAUAGAAGUUGGUAGAGGAGAACUCAGUUAUAUUCUUCAAACCAGGUUUUUGGUAAUUGAACUGUGCGCAGUUUGCCUGUAUGAUAAGAUAAGGUAUUUCUAGUUUCCCAAACUGAAAACCAAGGUGAUAAUAUAUAUCUUGAUAUACAUGUUUAGAUUUUCUUAACUAAUGAGAAUCUGCAUUUAUUUGUACUGGUGUUUUUUCCUCAGACAGCUAUUAAUAAUGUGAAGCCUUUUGUUUUAGAAAAGUCAAUUUCUGCCUAUAUUUCUAAUGCAGUCUUGAAGGCUGUGCACCUUUUGAAAGCAGAAUUGUAUGUUUGAAUAUACCAUAGUCAUUUUUAUUUUGCUACCUAUUUCACAUCCAGUUAUACAAAUAUUUUUUUAUUUUAAUGUUUUCAAAACCUAAAAUAGAAACACAGAAUUUAGGUUACAAUAAGGAUUCAGUGACCAUAAGGGCAGCUUUUCAUUUGUAAAUUAAUGCUACAUGUUGGCAAGCUGAUAAAAGGAGACUGAUUACCAGAAAUUUACUAGACCACCUUUGCUUUUUCCAUAAUUUCAUCUGUAUGAGUUUUCAAAUGGUGGUUUUAAUAGUUGCUAUUAAAUGUCCAUUAUCAAAAUGAAAGAAUUUAAAAAUGUACAUUGUAGCAUUCUGAUGGCACGCCAAAGGAACGUAACAUUAUUAUGCAUUUCUGUUUGAAAAGGAACAACUGAAAUGGAAUCCUAUGUAUUGUGAAGCUUAAAAAUCUCCUUCCCUUUGCUUUCAUAUCCUCCCUUAUCCUUCCCCCUUCCUUGGGGAGAAGAUAGAGGCUUUUCAGGUAACAACUAUAGAAAGAAAGUCUUUUUUUUUUUUUUUAAUGGGGGCUAUAUUAUGGAAACCCUACAUAUAUGGGUUAACAUUGUUUUGAAAAUUUAAUACUAUGGAGAGUAACAGUUAUCACUCCUAAGCAUUAGUUACUUUGAUAUUCAACAGUGUCUCUUGUCUACAGAUUUCUUUUGGUAUGUAGAAACAGGCCUUAUUGACACGUAGGUAAUUAGUGACAAGGUUGUGGGGUUUUUUUUUAAGUCAAAUUUUGAGCAGUUACAUUUUGAAAUUCAUUUUGAUACUUUGUAUGGUUAAAUACCAUGGGAAAUACUACCAUAAUCUGCAAAAGUACUGCGUGUUUGGUCCAUAAUGUUUAAAAAUGGAUAGAAGUACAGAAUAUCUAAAUUGGUGUACCUGACAUUAAUGUUGAAAAAUCCUGAUACAAAGGGUUAAAUUUUAAGUGUGGUGUUAGAAUCCUGACACAUUAAAUGAAUUAUUACAAAAAUAGGCGAAAAAUACAGUUUUGUCCUCCUUUCCAAAAAGCUGGAAGGAUAUCUAACAGACUUUGUUGAUUAGAAAUAGUAGUAGUUCCAUGUUCCGUGUAAUACGAUCUGAAUCCACUAUUAACUGAAAUUGUUUUGCUGUGAUGUUUGUCUUUGUUGGUCUCACAAGCGUUACAUUUGUGUUAGAUAAAACCAUGAAUAAAAAUGUCAGCUUCCAUUGUUCUGAAUUAGCUAAAAUUAAAAAUUUGCUUGCAUUUUAAUAAUUUCACACUAUUUCAAUGAAAUAGCAAAUAUUGUACAAAUAAAGAUUAAGCUGGUAUGUGUGCCAUAUACUGCUUGUUCAGGUUUGGAGAAAGAAAAUUAAGCAUAUGUAUUUGGCACCUUUUAGAAUUUUAAUAAAUUAUUAAUAGCCCAUCUGUACCAAAGAUUAAAGCAGGUUAAAUGAAGUAGUUUGAAACAUUGUGUCCCUUGCCAUUAUGGAUUACAGAGUACAAAAUGUUCACUCCUGCUAUCUUUGGAUCAUUUUUUUUUAAAAAAAGGUAUGCCUAUCUACACUGGGCAGGCCAAAUUAUUUAAAUUGAGUCAAGAGGUGGGGAUGCAAGUGCCUAUAUGGUCCCUGUAUGCAUGUGUAUUCAAAGUCAUGUCCAUUUGCGUUUAAAAAAAAAAGUACUAUGGUAUACACAGUCAAUACAGCUAUGGGGAAAUUAGCUUCUAGUUUAGUUUACACACCAAUAAACCUGUUAACCAUAUUCCAACUGCAAAAUCUGUAUUCUUGGGUAUUGGUGCCUGAAAGAACACAGCUUGUUUUCAAAUCUCAGUUGUGAAUGCUAGUUGACAGCUGGGAAAAGCCCUAUUUUCUGAUAAACUGAAAAUGUUUGAUUUGAAUUUCAUUGAGGCAAUCAAGUCAAAAUUCCAUUAUGCCCAUUUUAGUUACUUUUCAGAGUGUCUCUUGCAUUUCAGACCAUGUUGUAUCACAUUAUUUAAUCCUCCAUGUAGCUAGUUCAAGAAGAUUAACAAUCUUUUAAAACCCUAUCUGAUUUACCACAGGCUUCAGAGGGGUAGCCGAGUUAGUCUGUAACUGGAAAAACUUAAAAAAAUGAAUAGUCUAGCUGCACCUUAAAGACUAACAAAACAUGUAAAUGAUAUCAUGAGCUUUCAUGAGCACAACCCACUUCAGUAUUUCACAUCUUAGAUUUUCUGUCUACACUAGGUGAUUUCUGCAAAAUUUCCCAUUAUUGCCACUCGUUCAACUUACCAGUGGUAACAGUGGGAGUUGAGCCCUACUGUAGGCAGUGCUCUAUUGAUCUACCAGCGUCAUAAUCAGGGCUCGACAAAC